AUGGGUGAGCGAACCCACUACCGAGCCCAGCCGUGCUCUGGCACCAACCCCAGGAAAUGCCAGGACCUAGGAGACUCAAUUCUUCUGAUCCUGGGCAGCUUCAUCUUGCUCAACGUGGGGAUCAACGUGGUGACUCUGCUCUGGAGGCAUCUGAAGAGCUCCUUGCGGACACUUUUCCGUCAUAUUUUCCCCAAAGACAAGCAAGCCAGCUGUGUAGGCAGCCAUCGCAUGUGCAUGCGCUGCUCCGUGGAUCCCAAGAACCUGUGCUCAAGAGUUUCUUCCCGCUUCCGCCAUCGCCCAAGCUUCCUGCUCGGGCACCCAAACCACCUUGACUCCUGGAUACCAGACACAAAUGAUGAGAAGGCUUCUGAGUGCUGCUGGAUGCCGCCUCAGUGUGGACAGGCUGGGGCUCCCAUGGAGGCUCCACGGGGACUGUGGAAGGAGGGGGUAGUGGGAGCUGGGGAGGCCCCUCCGGUCACAGCCUUAACGUCCAAAGUCACCUUUUACUGCAGACAAGAGACAUCUUCCAAGCUCCGCAGGAUGAGCAAGGUGGACGUGCUUCCACUCCGCCUGCCCCAAGAGAGCAAGACGAAGACCCCAGACUAUGACGCAGCCCAGGCCCCAGCCCGGGCCCAGACCCACCCCCCAGUUCAGCCCCCUGCCCAUGCUCCUGCCAAGGCCCAGACUUGCUCCACGUUCCACCCCCCUGAGCACAACCCCCCCCCCCAGGCCGAGACCUGCUCCCGAGGCCACGCCCAUGAGCACACUUCCGCCCAGGCCCAGGCCUUCUCCCCAGUGGACCCCACUGGGCACACUCCUGCCAAGGCCCAGACCUUCUCCUCAACCCACCCCUCUGAGCACGCCCCACCUCAGGCCCAGACUUGCUCCACGUUCCACCCCCCUGAGCACACCACCCCCCAGGCCCAGACCCCCUCCCCAGCCCUCACCCCUGAGCACAGCCCUGCCCAGGUCCAUGGCCCUGAGCAUACCUCAGCCCAUACCCCAGCCCAGGCCCAAGCCCAGGCCCAAGCCCAGGCCCCCUCAAAUGCCUCAGCCCAGUCCCUGGGCCACACUUCUGUCUGCACCCUGACCCAUGCUGAUCUGACCUAUACCCAUGCCAACACUCUUGUCCCUCCCCCAACUUCGGCCCCAGUCCCUCCCCCAACUUCUGCCCCUGCUACUACUCCUGCCCUAGCCCCUACACCAGCCCCUGUCCCGAUCUCUGCCACAACCUCUGUCCCAGCGCUGGCCAUGGCCCUGACGACCACUCCAGUCCCUUCCACCACCCCUACCCCCAUCCUAGCUUCUAUUCCCUCUACCUCGUCUGCCUUCAGCCAAGGCCUCUCCUCCGGCCAGGUGGUCUACGAUGCCCGCAGGGUAAAGCAGAACUUAUUCCAUGUGUGUCCCCCUCAGAACUCUGGGUACUCCAGAAAGGACUUGGGUGCCGUCUCCAGGCCCCAAGAGGGGCAUGGUCUGGUGAGCUCUGGCACAGCUGAGCAAACACUGAAGCAAUGUAGUGGGGACAGUGCCAAGCCCUCCAUAGGAUCCAUACUGGGUUACCUGGAGUUGGGGAAUAUGGAAUGGAAGAGCUCAAAUGAUGCCAAAGACAAAUUUGUGCAGUCCAAGACCUUCCCUUACUGCAGCUUCCAUCCUUGCAGUUCUGAGAAGAGAAACACGGACCCCCAGACUCCAGUCUACCCCAAAUUCCUGGUGUACUCCAAGGAUGCUGCACCUUCUCAACCUUGCUUCCAUUCUCCAACCAGUGCCCAGAGCUCACCAUGCACCAUGCCUCCACCAUGCACUCUUUCCCUGCCUCUUGUUUCUCCCAGAUCCUUUGUCCUUCGUCAACACAGCAACCACCAGAAGCCUUCCACCUUAAUACAACCCCCCACCUUUCCCCCAACCUCCAAGUCUCCUCAGUCUGUCCUCUCUUCCCAGGGCCCCAUCCCUCCGCAGUUAUCCACUACUUCCCAAACCCCAAACCAGCCCCAACCCCCUGAACUUCAUGAGAGUCUAGGCCUCAACCAAGGCUCUGUCCUCCAAAGGACCCCAGGACCUUCAAAAGACUGUAGAGUUUCCAGAAACCCAGGCCUUACCCCAAAUCCAGGCCUCCACAAGAACCCAGGCCUUACCCAAGACCCAGGCCUCCACAAGAACCCAGGCCUUGCUCAAGAUCCAGGCCUCCACAAGCUUCCAGGCCUUACCCAAGACCCUUAUCUCUGCAAGAAUCCAAGCCUUUCCCAAGGCUCUGACCUUCAGAAGAAUCCAGUCAUUACCCAAGGUUCUGGCUCCCAGAAGAGCUUAGGUUCUACUCGAGACGGACGUUUCUUUAAAAGCCCAUAUCUCACCCAACCCUCUGGUCUCCACAAGAACACACCAUUUCUCCAAACUUCUGACAUUCAGAGGAGCUCAGGCUUUAUGCAUGAUUCUGGAGUCUAUAGGAAUCUAGAACGAAACCAAGAGACUGUACUCUAUAAAAGUCAAGAGCUCUCCCAAAAAACUGACCUCCAUAAUAGCCCACACCCUUCUCAAGAUUCUGGAUGUUACAAGAGUACAGGUAGUGCCCAAGAUCCAGGAGUCUCUAGGAGUCCAGACUUUACCCAAGAUUCUGGGCCACAGAAGAGUCCAUACCUUGCCCAAGACUCUGGAGUCAACAAGAGCUCAGGCCUUUGCCAGGAAUCUGGUCUCCAUAAGAGCCCAGGCCUUGUGCAAACCCCUCGCCUCCAUAAGGGCUCAAGCCUUACCCGAGACUCAGGAGACUACAAGAACCCAGGUCUUACCCAAGGUUCUGGAGUCUGCAGGAGCCAAGGCCUUACGCAAGAUUCUGACCUCCAUAAGAAUCCAGGCCUUACCCAAGCCACUGAAGUCAAAAGGAGAUGUGGCCUUACCCAAGGUGCUGGAAUUUACUGGAGCUCAGAACAUACCCACGACCCUAACUUCCACAAGUACUCAGGAAUUAAUCGAGAUCCUGGCCCCCAUAAGGGUCCAGCCCUUACUCAAGACUCUGGCUCAUCCAAGAGAUCAGGCCUCCAUAACAACUCAUGCCUUAUCCCAAAUCCUGGCCUGCACAAGAACCCUCUAGGAACUGACUCUGUCCAAGUUUUGGGCCCACAUCAGACCCGAAAGUCAUUUAUAUCUGAGGCAGUUCCUCGAAAGGAGGAUGCAGGGCAGCACAUACCAUGGACUUCUGUCCCACCCAGUCAGAACUCCUGCUCUCCCAAGGCUCAGGUGACCUACAAUGACCUGCAAACCUUCUCAGAGGUACCUGUACUGAUUGAGCUGCAAUCAUCCUCCCGGCGAGCAGGCAGCCAAGACUGGGUGUACCACCCCAUGGAUACAGUUCCUCCAGCCUGCCAGAACUAUCUCCAGAUGUCUACGCCUCCCAAAACCAGCUGGAAGCCCUACUGUCCUGGGUCAGGCACUCGGCUAGGGCAUGUGGUCUUUGACGCCCGCCAGAGACAGUUCAGAGCGGGCAGGGACAAGUGCGAAGCUCUGUCUCCCAGGCGCCUUCACCGAGAGACAUCCAACAACUCACGGAGACCAUCAAGGAGUGGGGAUAUCAGUGUGUGA